GUUGAACUUGUUUCUCCUGUUACUUCAUCGUUUGUUCCAAUCAUGUCGUUGAAUAAUACUCCUAAUCAUCAUCAGGACGACUCUGACCAUUCGGUGCCAGACGUCCCUGAAGAAUAUAAGGGGUUUGAUCAAAACGUUGAUGUUCACAUCCAAAAUUUAGCAAGACAAAUUACAAAUGCUUCCCAAGCCAACACUUCCCUUUCAAGAGUCUCAUCUAUUGCCCCAGGUGUCGUUGCCAUCAACAACCCUGAUGUUGAUCCCCGUCUUGACCCAAACUCUGAUAAUUUUGAAUCUCGUUAUUGGAUCAAAAAUUUCAAAAAUUUAAUGGAUAAAGAUCCUGAUCAUUAUGCUAAUUAUUCUCUUGGUAUCGUUUACAAGAACCUAAGAGCUUUUGGUGAAGCUACUGAUGCUGAUUAUCAAACAACUGUUUUAAAUAUGCCUUUAAAAUAUGCUGGUAAAGCUUUGAAAUAUGCUCUAAGUUCAAGAUCUGCCAAAAAAGCCAAACAAUUUGAUAUCUUGAAACCAAUGGAUGCUUUGAUUAAACCUGGUGAAGUUGUUGUUGUUCUUGGUAGACCUGGUUCUGGUUGUUCAACUCUUUUGAAAACAAUUGCUUCAAAUACUCAUGGUUUCCAUAUUGGUGAAGAAUCUGAAAUUUCUUAUGAAGGUUUAACUCAAAAGGAUAUCAAGAGACAUUAUAGAGGUGAAGUUAUUUACAAUGCUGAAACUGAUAUUCAUUUCCCACAUUUAACUGUUUGGCAAACUUUAUCAUUAGCUGCAAAAUUCAGAACUCCUCAAAAUAGAAUCCCUGGUAUCUCUAGAGAAGAUUAUGCAAACCAUUUAACUGAAGUUUACAUGGCAACUUAUGGGUUAUCUCAUACUAAAAACACUAAAGUUGGUAAUGAAAAUGUUCGUGGUGUUUCAGGUGGUGAACGUAAGAGAGUUUCAAUUGCCGAGGUUUCAUUAUCUGGUGCUAGAUUACAAUGUUGGGAUAAUGCCACUAGAGGUUUAGAUGCUGCCACUGCCUUGGAAUUCAUUAGAGCUUUAAGAACUCAAGCUGAUAUCUUGGAUACUACUGCUUUUGUUGCCAUUUAUCAAUGUUCUCAAGAUGCUUAUGAUUUAUUUGAUAAAGUUUCUGUCUUGUAUGAAGGUUAUCAAAUUUAUUUCGGUAGAGCUGAUGAAGCUAAAGAUUAUUUUGUUAGAAUGGGGUAUCAUUGUCCUGCUCGUCAAACUACUGCUGAUUAUUUAACUUCAAUCACUUCACCAAGAGAAAGAGUUGCUUCUAAAGGUUUUGAAAAUAAAGUUCCAAAAACUCCAAAGGAAUUUGAAACUUAUUGGAAGGCUUCACCUGAAUAUGCUAAAUUAGUUCAAGAAAUUGAUGCAACUUUACAAAAUCAUGAUGACAAUUCAAAAGCUAUUAUCAAAUCUGCUCAUAAUCAAAAACAAGCAAAACAUAUGAGACAUACAUCUCCAUAUACCGUUUCAUUCUGGAUGCAAGUUCGUUAUUUAUUGACUCGUGAUUUCCAAAGAAUACGGAAUGAUUUAGGUUUCAAUCUUUUCCAAGUUUGGGCCAAUUCCUUAAUGGCUUUGAUUUUAUCUUCAAUUUUUUACAAUAUGCAAUCAAAUACCGGUUCUUUUUACUAUAGAGGUGCUGCCAUGUUUUUCGCUGUCUUGUUUAAUGGGUUUUCAUCAUUUUUAGAAAUUAUGACUCUUUUUGAAGCUAGACCAAUUAUUGAAAAGCAUAAACAAUAUUCAUUAUAUCAUCCAUCUGCAAAUGCCUUAUCUUCAGUUUUUUCACAAGUUCCAUCUAAAAUGGUUACCUCGGUUGCUUUCAAUUUAGUUUUCUAUUUCAUGGUUAACUUUAGAAGAAAUCCAGGUCGUUUCUUCUUCUACUACUUGAUGAAUUUAACUGCAACUUUUUCAAUGUCUCAUUUCUUCCGUCUUGUUGGUUCUGCUGCAUCUUCAUUACCUGAAGCUUUGGUUCCUGCUCAUAUCAUUUUAUUGGCUUUGACUAUCUUUACCGGGUUUGUUAUUCCAGUUAAUUAUAUGCUUGGUUGGUCUCGUUGGAUCAACUAUUUGGAUCCUUUGGCUUAUGCUUUUGAAGCUUUGAUGGCUAAUGAAUUUGCUGGUAGAGAAUUUGAAUGUUCUCAAUUUAUCCCAGGUGAUCCAAGAACUACUCCAGGUAUCCCAGAUGAUGGAUUCAUCUGUAGUGUUGUCAGUUCAGUACCAGGUUCAUUUGUUGUUGAUGGUUCAAGAUAUUUGGAAGUUAAUUACAAGUAUAAGAACUCUCAUAAAUGGAGAAAUUGGGGUAUCACUUUAGCCUUCACUUUAUUCUUUUUGUUUGUCUAUUUGGUCUUCAGUGAAUAUAAUGAAAGUGCUAUGCAAAAAGGUGAAGUUUUAUUGUUCCAAAGAUCUACUUUAAGAAAAUUGAAGAAACAACAUGGUGAUAUCAAAAAUGAUCUUGAAGCUGGUUCUGAAAGAGAUGUCACUGAACAAGAUGAAGAAGAAGGUGAACAAAAUGUUGAUGUUAUCCAUGCAGGUACUGAUAUUUUCCAUUGGAGAGAUGUUCAUUAUUCCGUCAAGAUCAAGAAGGAAACUCGUGAAAUUUUGAAUGGUGUUGAUGGUUGGGUUAAACCAGGUACUUUAACUGCCUUGAUGGGUGCUUCAGGUGCUGGUAAAACUACAUUAUUGGAUGUUUUAGCUAAUAGAGUCACCAUGGGUGUUGUUACUGGUAAUAUGUUUGUUAAUGGCCAUUUGAGAGAUAAUUCAUUCCAAAGAUCAACUGGUUAUGUUCAACAACAAGAUUUACAUUUGAAAACUGCAACUGUUCGUGAAGCUUUACAAUUUUCUGCUGAUUUAAGACAACCUAAAGAAGUUUCCAAGGCUGAAAAAGAUGCUUAUGUUGAAGAAGUUAUCAAAAUCUUGGAUAUGGAAAAAUAUGCUGAUGCCGUUGUUGGUGUUGCAGGUGAAGGUUUAAAUGUUGAACAAAGAAAAAGAUUAACCAUUGGUGUUGAAUUAGCUGCUAAGCCAAAAUUGUUAUUAUUCUUGGAUGAACCUACUUCAGGUUUAGAUUCUCAAACUGCUUGGUCUAUUUGUCAAUUGAUGAGAAAAUUAGCUAACCAUGGUCAAGCUAUUUUAUGUACUAUUCAUCAACCUUCAGCUAUUUUGAUGCAAGAGUUUGAUAGAUUAUUGUUUUUAGCUAAAGGUGGUAGAACUGUUUACUUUGGUGAUUUAGGUGAAAAUUGUCAAAGUUUGAUUGAUUAUUUUGAAAAAUAUGGUGCUCCAAAAUGUCCUCCACAAGCUAAUCCAGCUGAAUGGAUGUUACACGUUAUUGGUGCUGCUCCUGGAUCUCAUGCUAAUCAAGAUUAUCAUCAAGUUUGGUUAGAAUCUUCUGAACGUCAAGAUGUUUUAAAUGAAUUGGAUAGAUUGGAAACUGAAUUGGUCAAAUUGCCUCGUGAUGAUUCAAUUGGUCAAGAAGAAUUUGCUGCUCCAUUAUGGAAACAAUAUUUAAUUGUUACAAAGAGAAUUUUACAACAACAUUGGAGAUCUCCUGUUUAUAUUUGGUCUAAAUUGUUUUUAGCUGUCAGUUCCUCAUUAUUCAUUGGGUUUGCAUUCUUCAAGGCUAAAAACACUCAACAAGGUUUACAAAAUCAAAUGUUUGGUAUUUUCAUGUAUUUGAUUAUUUUCAAUCCAUUAGUGCAACAAACUUUACCAGCUUUUGUGGAACAAAGAGCUCUUUAUGAAACAAGAGAACGUCCAUCUAAAACCUUUUCUUGGAAGGCUUUUAUUGCUGCUCAAAUUACAUCUGAAAUCCCAUGGAAUGCACUUGUUGGUACUAUUGCCUUUUUAUGUUUCUAUUAUCCAGUUGGGUUCUAUAACAAUGCUUCACCAACUAAUGCUGUUGAUAAAAGAGGUGCUUAUGCUUGGUUCUUUAACGUUUUGUUUUAUGUUUACAUUGGUACAAUGGCUCAUCUUUGUAUUGCUGGUUUAGAAUUGGCUGAUGCUGCUGGUAAUAUUGCUUCUUUGGCUUUCACUUUAUGUUUAACAUUCUGUGGUGUUUUAGUUGGUCCAAAGGCAUUACCAGGUUUCUGGAUUUUCAUGUAUCGUGCUAAUCCUUUCACUUAUUUCAUUGAUGGGUUCUUAUCAAAUGCUUUAGCUAAUAACAGAGUUCAAUGUUCAACUCAAGAAUAUGUUCAUUUCAAUCCUCCAUCUGGUUAUACUUGUGGUCAAUAUAUGCAAAGCUAUAUUGAGAAAGCUGGUACUGGUUAUUUGAGUGAUCCUGAUGCUACAACUGAUUGUAACUUUUGUGCCAUGUCAACUACUAAUGCAUUUUUGAAAUUUGUUAGUUUGGAUUAUUCUAGAAGAUGGAGAAAUGUUGGUAUUUUCAUUGCAUUUAUCUUUAUUAAUAUUAUUGGUGCUACCUUCUUCUUCUGGUUAGCUAGAGUUCCAAAGAAGGCUGAUAGAGUUAAAGGUCAAGCAAAAGAAAGAUGUGCUGAACGUGCUGCUCAAAAACAAGAAACUAAUUCUUUUAAUGAAAAAGAAGAAUCAUCUACUAAUUAG